GCGACUCAUUCACCCGGGACCACGCGGGAUUUCUCGGCCUCGAUACGGUUGGCCUUGGAUACGGUCAGUAGUGUCAAACAUUGUAGCAUGGUUUACAGUGGUCUAAAAACGUUGUUUAUACUAUAAAACAUAAACCAAGGCUUUGCAAGGCAGGGUAAAAGGAUCACUUGUUUAUUUCAAAGAUCGCAAUGUCUGAAAUAGAGGAGAGCGACACAAACGAGGAGGGAAACGAGUCGCCGGAGGUCAACCAGACCAAUUUGUUUGAAGUCAGGGACAAGGAACUGAAGGCUGGUGGUAAGCGCACCUGGCUACACCGGCUAUAUUUGGUCGCGUCUCUGGACCUGCGAUACGAAGAACCUGAGGAUAUCCAGCGGCGAGCGUCUCUCGUUAAGACGCAAUUGGAUGAGUUCGGUGGCGAGUGUGAGCAGCAGAUAAAACAGCUCUACAACACGUACCGGGAGGAGGCAGCCUCCGGCUUUCUGCUCAUCUACCCAAGAUACAUGGUGCAUAUGCUAGAGAGUUCUGAAGACUGCAUAGUUGCGUAUCUGAUGGCGCUAAGGCAGAUGCGACAGGAGCCAAACUCCAAGCUGCUCGAUACCAAAGUGCUGCUGAUGGCGCAUGACAUUCCUACGCGCCUGUUCGAGGCGUGGUCGUACCGCGGUAUCGGCGCCCCCUCCCGCGAACAGGUCGACUCCAGCAUGUCCUCCAGGAAGGCAGCCACCGCCUGCCUGACGCAGCUGCUCGGUUUGGCUGCCCACCUCAAGAAGACGCCCAAGGCGAAUCUGAAGAACGCAAUGGACCUGCUGUCGGAGAGGGUGCCGGAGCUGCUGCCCACUGAGGACCUGCUGCAGCUCCUGCUGAAACAGGACGCCUUCCUCAGUGUCGAGGAGUACCUGGAUCUCUACUACACGCCGCUGGCGCCUGCCGACGAAACAGAGCUGGUCUGGCCACUGCCGGGGCACAUGUUCCCGUACUAUCACUGAUGAGCGGCCACGAGAUAUCGACCAAUCGGACGGAGUGGCGCUAGUCGUCACGAGGAUUUCGACAUUGGCUCCAGUCGCCGUUUCAAACGCCCGCCGCUUCGUCCGGUGUGAUGUGCUUACCAAGCACGUAAUGUAUUUGUGCGGUACGAUACGUAAGGAGUUGAGACAGCACGUCAGUUACCAUGAGCACCGACCUGUACUGGCCUUCCAGCUUGGUCAUAAGGCAAGUGUCGAUCGGUGCUUCGCAUGGUUCUAGGGAAGCGACACUUCGCAAAAGCAGAGCGCUGGGAUUAAUUUGAUUUCAGUGUUGA